UCUCUCUCCACAGUUGAGCUGAGCCGCCUCUUUUCCGGGAUUCUCUGAGACCGGUUUGUGCUGGUGUGCAAGUUUAUCGUUUUUCAUUACGACGUGCGUCGUAUACGUGCAUUCUUACAAUGGGAGAGAUUUCGGGCUACCAAUUAGGUGUGAUGGGCGCAUUAUUUCUUUCCGUUGCUUCAUCGGUCUCCAUCGUCAUUUGCAACAAAGCCCUGAUGAGUAAUCUCGGUUUUCAGUUUGCCACAACGCUUACUAGUUGGCACCUGAUGGUCACGUACUGCAGUCUCCAUGUGGCGUUACGAUUAAAUUUCUUCGAAAAUAAGCCGAUCGAUUUGAAGACGGUUAUUCUUUUCGGUAUGUUGAACGGAGUUUCCAUUGGACUUCUCAAUCUCAGCUUGGGGUUUAACUCCAUUGGCUUCUACCAGAUGACGAAACUUGCAAUAAUACCCUUCACUGUCCUGUUGGAGACAAUCUUCCUUAACAAACAAUUCAGCCAGAAAAUAAAAUUUUCGCUAUCGAUUCUGCUACUUGGAGUUGGAAUAGCAUCCGUCACAGAUCUUCAGCUCAACUUUGUCGGAACAAUUCUCUCCCUUUUAGCCAUCAUAACAACUUGCAUUGGCCAAAUUCUUACAAACACAAUACAAAAGAAGCUCAACGUUUCAUCGACUCAACUACUAUACCAAUCAGCUCCAUUUCAGUCGGCAAUCCUUUUCGUGACCGGUCCUUUCGUCGACCAGUUUCUGACCAAUCAGAAUGUUCUCUACUACAAGUACUCACCCCUCGUCGUGGGAUUUAUAGUACUAUCAUGCUUGAUAGCAGUGUUUGUGAAUUUUAGUACAUUCUUGGUGAUUGGGAAAACAUCACCAGUUACAUAUCAAGUACUUGGGCAUCUCAAAACAUGCCUUGUUCUUGCAUUUGGUUACACUCUCUUACAUGACCCUUUCACUUCAAGAAACAUCGUCGGCAUACUUAUCGCCAUUGUUGGAAUGGGAAUGUACUCGUAUUUCUGCACUAACGAGACCAAACGUAAAGUCAUCGUCGACGUUUCCACUAUGCCCCAGAUGAAAGAGAGAGAUACAACUCCACUUCUAGCCAGCCAUCUUCAAGAUAAAGAAUCAAAGGAUUCUGUUGUUUGAUAUCAAUCUGUGUGUAUUAGUUCCAUGUUUGUUUGAUUAGCAGACAAGUUUUGAUUUUUUUCCUUAAUUCUUUUGCAUUUUGAGAAGUUUGUUGGAUCUUUUGUGAGAUUAUUAUUUGUUUAGUCCUUUUUUUUUUCAUUUAGAAUUUCAACCAAAAAGGAGGGAGUUAAUUUGCAAAAACCCCCCUUGUGCUAUUUUGAAUUUCUAAUAAAAGUCCCUCGUAUUAUUUUUA